AUGACAUCAUCUCACGGACAUCACGCCUUCCACUUAGUAGACAUAAGACCAUGACCUCUUACGGGCUCAAUUAGAGCUAUAAUAUUAACUACGGGAUUAGUUAAAUGAUUUCACCAAUUCAAUCCUGACCUAUUAAUUUUAGGAGUUACUGCUACUACUCUCACUAUAAUCCAAUGGUGACGGGAUAUUACACGAGAAGGAACUUAUCAAGGUCUUCAUACAAAAGCAGUUACUAUUGGGCUUCGAUGGGGAAUAAUUCUAUUUAUUACCUCAGAAGUUUUAUUCUUUUUUUCAUUUUUUUGAGCCUUCUUCCACAGAAGACUUGCUCCUAACGUGGAAGUGGGGAGAUGCUGACCUCCAGCAGGUAUUCAGACUUUUAAUCCAUUCCAAAUUCCUCUCCUGAAUACUGCUAUCCUGCUUGCUUCUGGAGCUACUGUAACAUGAGCUCACCACGCAAUUAUAGAAUCUAACCACUCCCAGGCUAUACAAAGUCUAGGCAUUACAGUAUUCUUAGGGAUAUACUUUACGGCACUACAAGCUUUAGAAUAUUAUGAAGCCCCAUUUACAAUUGCCGAUUCUGUUUAUGGUUCCACUUUCUUUGUUGCUACUGGUUUUCACGGUCUUCAUGUUAUUAUUGGUAGAACUUUUUUAAUAGUUUGUUUAUAUCGUUUAUAUAAAUGUCAUUUUUCAGCUACUCAUCAUUUCGGAUUUGAAGCUGCCGCUUGGUAUUGACACUUUGUAGAUGUAGUUUGACUCUUCCUUUAUAUCUCCAUUUAUUGAUGAGGAGGAU